AUGCAGAAAAUUGAUGAAUGGAAAGAAGAUUCAAUCAAGAAAAUUAAACAAAUCGCUGAAAACUGUAGACAAAUAUUAACUGAAUAUAAAAAUAAGUAUUUUGAAAUAGAAAAAAAAUUAUUUGAAUUAACUGAACAAUUAAAACAAAGUAACGAAGAAACUGAAUUUAAUGAAAAUGAUUUACAUCGAUUCAAAACAAAAUUAACAGAACUACUGGAAGAAUUUGGUCCGCCACCAAACAUUAGAAUUCAACAAGAUUCGAAAUCAUUUAUAAACGAAAUCUCAAUUGUCAUUUCAUCUGGAAUUCUAGAAGAAAAUAAAUUAAAUCGCAUUGAUCCAAGUCAAUUUGAAAUAAAAUAA